AUGGAGUUUUUACCCAUUCCAUUUCUCUUUUCCAUCUUUCUCCUUCUUCCCACUUCAUCUUCUUCCUCCAUCACACUCCCCCUCGCUACUUUCCCUUCAAUUCCAUUUACAGAUCCAUUGAAAACCAUCAACCAUCUUCUCUCUGCUUCACUCAGCAGAGCUCAACAUCUCAAAAGCCCACAAUCAAAAUCGAACACUUCCACCGAGAAUGUCUCUCUGUUCCCUCGUAGCUACGGAGCUUACGCAGUCUCCCUCGCCUUCGGAACUCCACCGCAGAACUUAUCGUUCAUUUUCGAUACUGGAAGUAGUCUCGUCUGGUUCCCCUGCACCGCCGGUUAUCGUUGUGCCCAUUGUUCGUUUCCGCAUGUUGAUCCUGCAACGAUUUCGAAAUUUGUUCCUAAAUUAUCUUCCUCUGUGAAGAUUGUUGGUUGUCGAAAUCCUAAAUGUGCUUGGAUUUUUGGUCCUAAUUUGAAGUCCAGAUGUAGAAAUUGUAACCCUAAAUCUCGAAAAUGUUCCGAUUCUUGUCCUGGUUAUGGAAUUCAGUACGGCUCUGGCGCAACCGCGGGAAUUCUCCUCUCUGAAACGCUGGAUUUACAGAAUAAACGAGUGCCGGAUUUUCUUGUUGGUUGUUCCGUUAUGUCUGUUCAUCAACCAGCCGGCAUUGCCGGAUUUGGCCGCGGUCCUGAAUCGUUGCCGUCGCAAAUGCGACUCAAACGAUUCUCCCAUUGCCUCCUUCCACGCGGGUUCGACGACUCCCCAGUGAGUAGUCCUCUAGUACUGGACUCCGGUCCGGAAUCCGACGAAUCGAAGACUAAGAGUUUCAUUUACGCACCCUUCCAAGAGAAUCCAUCAAGAUCCAACACCGCAUUUCGAGAGUACUAUUACCUUAGUCUUCGGAGAAUCCUCAUCGGUGGAAAGCCGGUGAAGUUCCCGUACAAGUAUCUCGUGCCGGAUUCCACCGGAAAAGGAGGCGCGAUAAUCGAUUCCGGUUCGACGUUUACGUUUCUAGAUAAGCCGAUUUUCGAAGCCAUAGCGGGAGAAUUGGAGAAGCAGCUGGUGAAAUAUCCUCGAGCUAAGGACAUUGAAGCGAAGACCGGUUUGAGGCCGUGCUUUAAUAUUUCCAAGGAGGAGGAAUCGGCGGAGUUUCCGGAAGUGGCUUUGAAGUUUAAAGGCGGAGGGAAGCUGAGUUUGCCGCCGGAGAAUUACUUAGUGAUGGUGACGGAUGCGAACGUGGUGUGCUUGACGAUGAUGACGAAUGCAGAGGUGGUGGGCGUGGGCGGAGGGCCGGCGAUCAUAUUUGGGGCGUUUCAGCAGCAGAAUGUUUUGGUGGAGUAUGAUUUGGCAAAGCAGCGAAUCGGAUUUCGGAAGCAGAAAUGCACGUGA